GAGAGAGCCUGAAGUUAAUUAAUUGUAAGUAAAGGGGAAGAAAUGUGAGCACAUCGUAAAGAGAUGGAUUAUUCUUUGGUUAGCAACACACCACUUACUACAACGUUAUGUAUUUUCCAGAGUUAUUGUUAGCUAGGAGGAAGACAUGGAGGGUUCAACGCUGACACAGAGGAGGGCUGAGUGUCAGUUGAAGGAAAGGGAGAUCCAGACAGACUACAUGAUGGAGCUGGGAGCCAGGUUGGCUCUGGUGAGACAGAUCCAGAGGGAGCAGGAGAAGGAGAUGAAGAGGAUUUGGUUUGAGACGAGGAAAAUGCCAAGCCUGAUUGAGGAGAAUGUGAGAGAUGUGACCAACCGUCCACUCACUGAGUUCAUGGCUCCCUGUAUUGACUCCCUCCCACCACUGGCUUUCACCAAUCGGAAGCCUAUACCAACCAUGUUGCAUCCCCCCUCUCCAUUGGCCAUACGCACUCAGGAUGCACAGCGGUUCAUUGUAUUUUCCUACUUUGUCCCUGCUGAGUGCCCAGUUGCCACAGAGGCCACUGCAGAUGAAUCUGCUGGUAAAAGAGAGGACUUAUCGACAGAUACACAUCUUUCCUCAAUGCUGCAUCGAUACCUGCCACACUUCUUUAACGAUGACUCCAUUCCACCACAGCAGACAGUAGAGGGAACCACUGAGGACUCAGAUGCUCCAGUGGCAAUAUCUAAUAUCAAGGAAGAGGACAUAUUCUAUCCAUUCUCCCUCCCACCACUGGCUCAGCGGCUCAUUGGCAAUUCAUUCAAUGUCCCGGAAACCUCCCAGCUUGCUGUUUCAGCCACGGAGUGUCGAGUUGCCAAAGUGGCCACUGCAGGUACAGCCACUGUCAAGAGAGAGAACCGAUGGGCAGCUAGAAUUCUUCCUUCAAUGUUGCCUCCAAGUCUGCCACGUGUCUUUGACAUUGACUACAAACUGCCAGGAGCGGCAGUAGAGGGAACCAACAAGUGUCCAGUUGCCAGGGAAACAACCAAUGAUGUGUCCACUCACCUCAAAGAGGACAUGGCAGCUGAUCAAAGCCCUCCUGACCCUGCAGCACUGCCUCCAAGCUCACCAUUUAUCUGUGACUCUGACCACAAACUGACCAAGGAGGAAAAAGAAGAUGUACCCGAGUCCUCCCUUGCCACGGAGAUCACUGUAGGCACAUCCAUUGUCCAGGGAGAGGACUUGGAUAAAAGCCCUGCUCCAAGGCUGCCUCCAAGCUUGUCACACGUUUUGGACAAUGACCAUAAGCAGCUAGAGGAGACGAUAGAGGGCGUCACUGAGUGCUCAGUCGCCGCAGAGGCAUCAGUUGCUAAUAGAGAGGAUCCAUCAGCAGCUACAGGUCUUCCCUCAGUGCUGCCUUCAAGACUAAAACUUGUCUUUGACAAUGACUACAAACGGCCAGAGGAGGCAGUAGAGGGCACCAGCAAGUUUCCAGUUGCCAGUGAAGCAGCCGCUUCCGUGUCCACUGUCCUCCAAGAGGAGUUUUUGGCUGAAAAAAGUCCUCCUGCACCCACAGCACUGCCUCUAAGGCUACCCUGCACCCACAAUAUUGACCACAAACAGCCAGAGGAGACAGUUGAAAACACCACAGAGUGCUCAGUUGACAUAGAGGAAAGUGCAGUUGCAUCCACUGUCAAGAGAGAGGAACUAAUGGGUGAUAAAAGCCCUGUCCAUGCACUUCCUCCAAGCCUGGCAUGCAUCCAUGACAAGGACCACAAGCAGCCAGAUCAGAAAGGGAGGGGCACUACUGUGGAGGUGGUUAUCUGCCCUCAUGCUCACCAGCUGGUCCCAGAUGCUAAAUUAACUCUGGCAACCUGCAAUGAUGAGCUGCCCACCCCUCUGAUCAGCGUGGUCACUAAGAUGCCUGUUAGAGUUGGAGCCUCCAUAUGCAGUUCAGAGGAUGAGGAACCCAGGCCCUGGACCCUGGAAGAGGUAAAGGAUUAUUGGAUAGGCAUUGAAAUUGAGAGUGAAGAGAGGAGCGUCACUGAGGAGGUGAGCCCGAGGGAGGGAUUGAAGAGUGAGGCGGACUGUGCCCAUUCCAAGUGCUCCAAUGGGACGGUUUCAUCAGAGAGAGCAGAGACCAUCCUGGGAAGAGUGGGCUUUCUGCUGAUGAACCAAAUGCAGAAAAUCCCGUUUUUGAAGAUGGAGAAAAAUAAGAAACUGAAUAAGAAGUUGAAAGAUGAAGAGAAAGAGAGAAAGGAGAUGAAAGACAAGGAGGAGGAGCAAAAAAAGAGGGAGAAGAAAGAGAUGAAGGAGAGAGAGAAAGAGCAGAAGAAAGUCAUGAAGGCUGAGAAGAAGAGGGAGAAGUUAGAACAGAAAAAGAGAAAGACGGAAAGAAAAGAGAAGGAAAAGGCAGAGAAAAAGAGGUUAGAGGGGCUGAUGAAGAAACAUAAUGACAUGAUGAAAGACUGGAUUAAGAAAGAGAAGAAGUGUUCUGAGCAGCUGAAAAAGAGAGAGAACGCUCAAGCUGCAUUCUUGGAGAUGGAGAGAAAGAUUCAAGAAAAGGAGGAGAAGAAGAGAGAAAAGAUGAGGAGAGGAAGAGACUGGAGAAGAAGAGGAAGAGGGAGCCAGCUGGAGGUGGAACUGAGAUGGUGA